GACAAUAAAUUAACAGGGGAAAACCAGAGCCCAGAAAUAAGGUUAAAAAACUUCAGUCAGACACUGAACACAAAACUUGAAGCAUGAGGAGAUGCGACCAGCACCUCUAGCUAAAAGUCACGGUAGGACAGGAGAGAAACACGCAUACAGAGACCGAACUUCACUCAGGCUAAAACAGCAGACCAGGCUAGAUGAGUGAAACAGAGAAGAACCCAAAGUUAGGAACUUGAAGCGAAACAUGGAAAGAAAAGAUAAAGGUGUGGACGUGGAGCGACAAGGGAAAGGCGAAAAGAAAGAAGGAGAAAUAUUGAUGGGUGAAAGAGAGUUGAAAGGAGGGAUGCUAAUGCAGGUAGGGAAAAGAGGAGGCCCAUCCACUCCAUCACCCACCUGGAGACUUGAGUUCUCUUCUUCUGCAAAUGAUAGCAACAACAACCCCAUUCAAGAAUUUCUUAACACUACCACUGCUGUCUCUGCUAGAAAGCUCUGUGCCAAUUUUUGGGAGAUUCAGCCCCAAGUUCACCAUUCUGUGCCUAAAAUGAACAAGAAUCCUGGUCAUAGAAGAGCACACCCUAGCCACCAGUAUAAAGACAAGAAGGCCUUUGGGCCCCGUACUCAUUUAGUUGAUCCUCUUAAUAGCCCCCCCGAUCAGCCAGCAAGGGCAAGUCGCUUGAGGAAACAGGCCGCAUCAUUGAUGCAACACCAUCGACCAACUGCAAGAGAUGGUAAUGCUCUAAAGCCUACUAUAUCACCUGCAAGUUGUGAUAGCUCAAUGGAGGUGGCACCUUAUAAUCCUGCAGUUACCCCUAGUAGUUCUUCAGAUUUUAAGGGCAGGAUGGGAGAGUCAAGUUAUAGUCUUAAGACGUCAACAGAAUUGCUCAAGGUGCUGAAUCGGAUCUGGAGUCUUGAAGAGCAGCAAGCAUCCAAUAUGUCGUUGUUAAGAGCUUUAAAAAUGGAACUGGAUCAUUCUCAGUCGCAAAUAAAAGAGUUGCUCAACGAGAAGCAAGCAGAUAGGCAAGAAAUGGACAACUUAAUGAAGCAACUUGCAGAAGAUAAAGUUGUCAGGAAGAACAAGGAGCAAGACCGAAUCAAAUAUGCUGUUCAGUCAGUGCAAGAAGAGCUGGAAGAUGAAAAGAAGUUAAGGAAGCACUCAGAGAGCCUCCACCGGAAGCUGGCCCGAGAGCUUUCUGAGGUAAAAUACUCUUUCUCUAAUGCUUUAAAAGAGCUCGAGAGAGAAAGGAAAGCCUGUUUUUUGUUGGAAAAUUUGUGUGAUGAGUUUGCCAAGGGAAUAAGAGAUUAUGAGCAAGAGGUGCGGUCCCUUAGGCACAAAUCUGACAUGGAUAGUGUAGGUAGGGAAAAACCUGACCGGUUGGUUCUCCAUAUUUCAGAAGCAUGGCUUGAUGAACGGAUGCAAAUGAAACUAGCAGAAGCUGAAAGUGAUCCUGUUGACAAGAAUACAAUUGUUGAUAAAUUAGGUCUGGAUAUUGAAACCUUUCUUCAAGCUAGACUCUCCAAUGAAUUGAAGAAAGACAGUAGCUUUGCAAAGGAGGGAAUAAAGAAUUGCUCACGGCGGGAAUCAUUUCCGUUGAAUGACAAUGCAAGCGCACCUCAAGCUGCAGCUGAUGAAGAUUCUACCGACAGUGAUUCACAUUGUUUUGAACCAAACAAGAGCGCAAGCAAAAGACAAACCACAUGCAACUCCAAACAAGUAGAUAAUGCUUCAGAAAUUCAUCUUGAGAAGAUAUUGUUCUCAAAUUCUAAGAAGAGAAUGGCUGGAUCGGGGGAAAAUUCUAAGGUUCAUAACCCAGUCAAUUUCCAGGUGCAGUUUGAAGAACACGUGGCUGGAAGCAAAACCCGAUUUCCAGAUAGAGGGCAGAAUGAAUUUAGAGGAGAGAGCCAAGGUUUAUCCAGUAUCUAUGAAACUAAACAAGAUGGUCAACAUGAAAGGAAAAGUAAACAGAUGGGGGCCCAUGGAUUGAACUCUAAUUAUAUGAUUGAUACCCUAACAAGACAUCACUCCUUGUCAUCUGAGGGUGAUAAAAUUCAUCCCGUCAGUGAUUUCAAGGAAGAUGCUUGCGCUCAGCCUGUAUUUGUAGGUCAUGCUAGUCCAGUGCAACAAUGGAUGUCAAAGUUGAAAUCCCCAGAAUUUGAGAAGUCUGAGUCUUCCUUAAAAGUGACCAGGGUCCUGAAGGAAAAUACACUGAAGGCGAAGCUACUUGAAGCAAGAUUGGAGGGCCAGAAAUCUUGCUUUAAGAGCUUCUAAAACUAUCAUUUAGGUUGAUAGGGGAAGGUGGAUAUGCCUGAAGGAAGAAUCUUCUCCAUUACAAACUUCUGCACGAAAGUGGUGUCCAAGAUCUUCCGUGUUGCCUAUUUUGUUGUGCGACAUCCAGAAUAAAUGGUACGUCUAUUAUAUUUCCUUUCCACUUGUAAAUUUUGGAGUUAUAUUUGUAGAUGGGAAGUGUACGUGUUCUUGGGUGAUCACAGAAUUUAACCCUACGUAAACCUGAAAGUCGUCCCUAAAGCUUAUAUGGCCAAAUUUUUUUUCGAAUUACAA